AUGAAGACAUUCUAUACCCAAGGCGAGGAACCAGGGCUUGAUUAUGACUGGGAUGAGGAGUUCGGUUGCUACCGUGACUCAGAAGCGGUGCCCGGCGAGGCGGGAUUGUGUGAGAAGAUAUCCGAAGGCCUUAUCUGGAGAAUUGCUAGCUCGCUCGUUCAAGCGUGUCAGAUCCUGCAUUUCGGCCAGGUCAGUAUUGGAGGUGUGCAGAACACCACACCUGAGUGGAAACCGAUCAAACACUGCGAUAUAAGACUUGACAACAUCUUCAUCAAGCUAGCGGAUAAGGAGAACGAGAAUGAGUACCCAACAUUCGUCUUGGCAGACUUCGGCCUCUCGUUUACGGACAUGGGUGCUCCUGCAACUGACAACCCAUAUGAGUAUGUCAGGGAAAUGAAAGACGAACGAUUUGCGCCUGUGAGUAACAAGGCUACAAUCCUCAACGACGCAGCAGAAAGCGCUGGGGUAGUACCCCUAGACGAAAAGACAGAUGUAUGGCAGAUUGGUGCAGUACUUUACUCAUUACUCAGCAAUGGUUUCUUCCCCCCUCUCGGCCAAGGGCCAUGUCGCUUUGUCGAGAAAUUUAACGUAACUGUACCUUUCGCCGGCGACCUGAGAACCAUCGUCGACCCAGACGAUGACCCGUGGAAUGACAUGUAUUUCUUUCCUACUUUCAAACGUUACAGCGAGGAUCUGAAGCGAUUGGCGUUCGAGUGUCUGGCAUGGCAAUCGAGUGAACGGCCGACGUUAUUGGAGAUGAGGAAUAGGAUCGAUGAUUUCCUUACGACGCACCCGGGUGUUGCGAAUGAUCGGAAUAUGGGGUCGCUAGAGGUCGUUCGAGAUUUGGAAUUCGCUAUUGGGAACCCUAUGAAUUAG